AUGUCCCGAAAGCAGGCGGCCAAGGGCCGGCCGGGAAGCGGCAGCCGGAAAGCCGAGGCCGAGCGCAAGCGCGACGAGCGGGCGGCGCGCCGGGCCCUGGCCAAGGAGCGGCGGAACCGGCCAGAGUCCGGCGGCGGCGGCGGCUGCGAGGAGGAGUUCGUCAGCUUCGCCAACCAGCUGCAGGCCCUGGGGCUGAAGCUGCGGGAGGUGCCGGGGGACGGCAAUUGCCUGUUCAGAGCACUUGGUGAUCAGUUGGAGGGACACUCAAGAAAUCAUCUCAAGCACCGACAAGAGACAGUGGAUUACAUGAUAAAGCAGCGGGAAGAUUUUGAACCCUUUGUAGAAGAUGACAUUCCUUUUGAGAAACAUGUGGCCAGUUUGGCAAAGCCUGGCACCUUUGCUGGUAAUGAUGCAAUCGUAGCCUUUGCAAGAAAUCAUCAAUUGAAUGUGGUGAUUCAUCAACUUAAUGCCCCUUUGUGGCAGAUUCGUGGCACGGAGAAGAGCAGUGUGAGGGAGUUACACAUCGCAUAUCGGUGCGGAGAGCACUAUGACAGCGUUCGGAGGCUCAAUGACAACUCGGAAGCCCCCGCACACCUCCAGACGGAUUUUCAGAUGCUUCAUCAAGAUGAAUCAAAUAAAAGGGAAAAGAUCAAGACAAAGAGCGUUGACUUUGAGGAUGACCUGAGAGAUGAAGUAGAAGAUGCUGUCCAGAAAGUUUGCAAUGCAACUGGAUGUUCAGAUUUUAAUUUGAUAGUCCAGAACCUGGAAGCUGAAAAUUAUAAUAUUGAAUCUGCAAUAAUUGCCAUGCUUCAGAUGAACCAGGGGAAAAGAAAUAAUGCAGAGGAGAACCUUGAGUCCAGCGGCCGAAGUCUGACGCAGUGUGGCCCUGUAUGGGAGGAGGACGGCAGUGGCACCAGACUCUUUGGAAAUCAGGGCUUAAAUGAAGGCAGAACUGAAAACAAUAAAGAGCGGGUCAGCCCUAGUGAAGAAAAUAAAGCAAAUAAAAACCAGCUCCUAAAGGUCACCAACAAACAGAGGCGGGAGCAGCAGCGACUGGAGAAGAAGAAGCGACAGGAGGAGAGGCACCGUCACAAAGCCCUGGAGAGCAGGAGUGGCCAUAGGGACAGCAACCGAGGUGAAGCAGAUGCGAACGCGCAGGUCACCUUGGUGAAGACCUUUGCUGCUCUCAACAUCUGACUCUCUGGCCUUCUGGGAGCUGUGAGAAGUCAAUGGAAAAUGGAGCGCUGUGUAGCAGGCUCUCCAGUGAGGCUGUCCUCUCACAAAAUGACACCCAACCCACAAAACUCACACACUGAGUUCGUCUCCUUCAAGUUGCCUCUGUUUUGCUCAAACUUUUGUUAGUGAUGUGUUUUAUUUUAUGAAAUUUCGGUGAAGCCAUUCAUGUUCUGUAAUUAAAAUAUCGAGUUCUAGGGUUGGAUAGUUAGUUCAGGCAAAA